CUAAAACUGUUGAACGACGUAAACUGCAUGGAAAUAUGUCUCCGCAAAAGGAAAACAAUAACAGAUCUGACAAUGCAUACUCUCAAUCAACCAUUCAGGAGUCAUCACAGCAAAUUGUAAAUACACAUAUACACCAGCCAUCCACAUCUGGCAAUAAGGUUAGAAGUACAUUCAGUACACCUAGUAGUACAACUUUGCAAAGUAAGAAAAACACAAACAAUCGUCUAAAAUAUGCAAAGAAUUCCGGGACAAAUUCAAUGGACGACAAGUUCCUCGAAAUAGAAAGAGCCAAAUUUGAAAUAUUGUCCCAACAUAAAAAUAGAGAAGACAGUGACAGUAAACGCCAAUUCCUACUGAGUCUCCUGCCCUUUUUAAAGGCUGUACCUCAAAAUCGACAAAUCGUCAAUAUAUUGUAAUGACUUAAUAUCAACACCACAUCAUUCUUCAUCUUUGAAAAAUACAGAAUCUUCCGGGGUCUCACAAUAUUCAAGUGAAAGAAGAGAAGAUGUUUCCUAUCAACAGCCGUUGUCCAUUCAGAACUAUAUUUCUCACUUCAGCGCAUGAAAC